GACGGGGCGCGAAUCAGCUGCGCCUGGAACGAGUGUUGUUGGAAGAGGCACUGGCACUGGCACUCAUUGUUGUUGGAAGCGCCAGCGCCUUCCAAUGUCAAUUAAAUAAGCAAAAAAAAAAAAAUUAAACGCAACGCGAAGAAAAGCCAAACCGAAAAACGAGACGAAACAAGCUUGAAAACCAGGAAGUCAGCACAUCACACAUAGACUAUCGAACAUCCAACUGGGAAGAGGUGGCAAACGUAACCUGUGGAGCACCCCUAGGAUCUGGCUGAGAUGCCCCAGUUGAGGGCAGCGGCCGCUGAGGCGGUGGCCGCCGGCAGCUCCAACGGCCAGCCGCUGGUGAAGAUUGGCCACUACCUGCUGGGCGCCACCUUGGGCACCGGAACCUUCGGCAAGGUGAAGAUCGGCGAGCACCAGAUCACCCGGGUCAAGGUGGCGGUCAAGAUACUCAACAGGCAGAAGAUCAAGAGCCUGGAUGUCGUGGGAAAGAUUCGUCGGGAGAUCCAGAACCUAAAGCUCUUCCGUCAUCCGCACAUCAUCAAGUUGUACCAGGUCAUUUCCACGCCCUCGGACAUCUUUAUGAUCAUGGAGUACGUGAGCGGUGGCGAGCUAUUCGACUACAUCGUGAAGCACGGCAAGCUGCAGGAGCACCAGGCGCGCCGCUUCUUCCAGCAGAUCAUCUCGGGCGUGGACUACUGCCACCGGCACAUGAUCGUGCAUCGCGAUCUGAAGCCCGAGAACCUGCUGCUCGACCACAAUAUGCACGUAAAGAUCGCCGAUUUCGGACUCUCGAACAUGAUGCUCGAUGGCGAGUUCCUGCGCACCUCGUGCGGCUCCCCCAACUACGCCGCUCCGGAGGUAAUCUCCGGCAAGCUGUACGCCGGUCCCGAGGUGGACAUCUGGUCAUGCGGCGUCAUCCUGUACGCCCUGCUGUGCGGGACGCUGCCCUUCGACGACGAGCAUGUGCCCACGCUGUUCCGCAAAAUCAAAUCGGGCAUCUUUCCCAUACCCGAGUACCUCAACAAGCAGGUGGUCAAUCUGGUCUGCCAGAUGCUGCAGGUCGAUCCGCUCAAGCGGGCGAAUAUCGAGGAGAUCAAGAAGCACGAGUGGUUCCAGAAGGAUCUGCCCGCCUACCUAUUUCCCUCGUCCAUCGAGCAGGACUCCAAUGUGAUCGAUACGUACGCGGUGGCCGAGGUUUGCACAAAGUUUGGGGUGAAGGAAACGGAGGUGCAUAACUCUUUGCUGAGCGGAGAUCCUCAUGAUCAGCUGGCCAUUGCCUAUCAUCUGAUUAUUGAUAAUAAGCGCUUUGCUGAUGAUGCCGCCAAUCAGAUUAAUGAGAUCAAUAACUUCUUUGUGGCUGGCUCGCCACCACCGCCGCCGCCGCCGCUUCCUCAAUCGACGAUGCAGCAGCAGCAGCAGCAGCAGCAGCAGGAUAAUCAUGCCCCCUUGGCCACUGUUACCGUGGGAGGCACUGCAGCCAGCUCGGGAACAUCUACUCCCGUACCGCCUGCUUCUUCUAGCGGCACUCCAAGCAGCACCAUUCGUCCGCAUCCCGAGCGAAUUGCACCGAUGCGCGAGAGGCAGCUGGCCAUGUCGGUGCAGAACUCGGGAGGCGGCGCCUUUCCCGAGAAGACGGCACGUGGCGGAACGCCCAUCAAGCGGGCCAAAUGGCAUCUGGGCAUCCGAUCGCAGAGCAAGCCGAAUGACAUUAUGCUGGAGGUCUACAGGGCCAUGAAGGCCUUGAGCUACGAGUGGAAGAUCAUCAAUCCGUAUCAUGUGCGAGUGCGCAGGCAGAACGUAAAGACGGGCAAGUUCUCCAAGAUGUCGCUGCAGUUGUAUCAGGUGGAUGCCAAGAGCUAUCUGCUGGACUUCAAGUCGCUGACGAACGACGAGGUGGAGCAGGGUGACGACGUGAUCAUGGAGAGCCUCACGCCGCCACCGCUCAGCGUUUCGGGCGUGAUGCCGCUGCAGCCGACGGGCCACCACACCAUGGAGUUCUUCGAGAUGUGCGCCGCCUUGAUCAUCCAGCUGGCGCGAUGAGAAGGGAGGAGAAGGGAUCUUCUCCUGAGGAUUGACCCAUGGAAGCAACACAAAAACACACAGUUCCACAGAGGAAAGCUAUAGAAUGGAGUUUGGGAUGUUUUACUUGACUAGAAUGCUUUUUGAAUGUUGAAAACCUAAAACAGCUUUUAAACUUUAAACGAUAUUAGGAUCCCCGACUUUCGCUUUCCUCUGUGCGGCUGUGUGAUAACUAAAUAAAGUGUUUUUUCGGAAUGUUUGGAACCUAUGUUGCCCGCUUUUCGCUUCCGGUUAGUCUAAGUUUUGUAGGUUUCGUUUCUGUUUCUGUUUCUAUUUCGAUAUCGAUUUCUGUUUACACUAUAUAUAUACAAAUGUUGAGUUAUUAUUUUACCCCGAAUCCCGAAUCGGAAAACCAUAUGUGUACGUCUAACGAUUUGUAAUUGUAAUCGGAGGAAGCAGCGCUUGUCUGGGGCAAGCGGGAGUUUUAUGUAUGCUGUAUAAACCAAAACCACAAUAAAGCGAUCCAUUAAUAUUCUAAAA